AUGAGUGUUCCUGGGGAGCAAGUGCCCUCUGCUGAGGCUAGGAUUGCUGCCAACGACGUUGAGGAAACCGCCCUCACCAUCAAAGACAAGAAAGAAGAACCAGAGAAGGCUCCUGUCAGCAACUUUUGGCGCAUACUCUCCUUUCGCACAAGGCAAGAUGGGCUCUUCCUCCUUGUCGGUCUCUGCAGCGCCCUCGGGGCAGGAGUGACACUCCCUAUUAUGAAUAUUGUCUUCGGACAGCUUGUUGGCGAUUUCAAUGGAUACUUUGUUCCUGGCAGCACAGUCACGGAAGGUCGGUUCAAGGCUGCUGUUAACAAGAACGCCCUGUAUAUCGUUUACCUCUUCAUCGGGAAGUUCGUACUUACUUACUUCUCUAUAUUCUGCUUUCGCACUACUGGCCUUCGUGUGUCUGCGAAUUUGCGGCUUGCUUACGUUCGAGCAUUGUUUGCACAACCAGUCAAGAAAGUUGACCAGGUUUCGGCAGGAACUAUUGCGAAUACUGUCACAUCAUCGGCAAACACCAUCCAACUAAGCAUAUCGGACAAACUACACUUGCUCUUUUCCUCGAUAGCUCUGACAAUCGCCGCCUAUGUCAUUGCUUUCAAAUACUCCUGGGCUCUGACCUUGGUAACAAGCUCAGCCAUAGUAUUUGUGCUCGUGGUCUACAGCAUAACGACUCCAAUCGUCAUCAAACUGGUUCAGAAACUCGAAGAAGCCGAUGCGAAGGCUGCAUCAGUAGCUGGGGAAGUGUUUGGCUCGAUCCGCACAGCCUUUUCACUCGGUGCGGAAGAGCAAUUGACGAAAAAGUACUAUGAUAGUGUUGAACACUCUAAAAACACAGGUAUGAAAAUAUCUCGACAAUUCGGCAUUCAACUCGCCCCUAUAUUCUUUGCCAUGUAUUCUAGCUUUGCCCUUGCCUUCUGGUACGGUAUAAAACUCUACCGCGGCGGACAUAUUCACGACGUAUCCACUGUUAUCAUAGUUUUCUUCUCUGUUCUGAUCGUGGUGGCUGUUUUGGGCACAAUUGCUGCCCCGAUUAUGGCCAUAACAAAGGCAAUCAGCGUUUCUAGCACGUUCUUCUCCAUGAUUGAUUCUGAUGUGGUCUCGUAUGAUGGCUUGGACGAAGCCCAAGUAUCUGCACACGAAGAUAUCGAAUUCAAAAACGUGUUCUUCUCCUAUCCUACCCGAGCAAAUGUCCAAAUACUCAAGAAUUUCGACGCAGUUUUCUUGAAAGGAAAGACAAAUGCAUUGGUAGGACCUUCUGGCUCGGGCAAAAGUACGAUCGUGGCAUUGCUAGAGCGCUGGUACGAAGUAACUGAGGAACCCAAGAUCCAAGACGAGACUACAGCAACGGACACAGCAACGGAUACGGCGAUAGCUACAGAAUCUCGUGAGAAGGCUGAAGCAGCACAACCAGACAACAUCAUUCCCAAUCAAGGCACAAUCUCUGUUGGAGGUACGGAUAUUAGUGCCACUAAACUAAAGUGGUGGAGGUCACAGAUCGGUCUUGUACAGCAAGAACCAUUUCUCUUCAACGAUACGAUCUUCAGAAAUGUCGCUUUUGGUUUAUUAGGAACUAAAUGGGAACAUUCUGAUGGGCGUGUAAAGCGUGAGAAGGUUGAAAAGGCGUGUGAAGAAGCUUUUGCAGAUGAGUUUAUUCUCCAACUUCCCGAUGGUUACAACACCAUGGUGGGCGAGAGUGGGAUCAAACUAAGUGGAGGUCAACGUCAGCGGCUAGCGAUAGCUAGAAGCAUUAUUAGGGAGCCUUCAAUCCUGAUUCUCGACGAAGCGACCAGCUCGAUCGAUGUUCGGGGAGAAAGAAUUGUCCAAAAGGCUCUCGAACGUGUUUCACUGAACCGAACCACAAUUGUUAUCGCCCAUAGGCUCUCUACAAUCCGUAAAGCUGACAAGAUCAUCGUCAUGCGUGAUGGCAAGAAUAUGGAAGAAGGGACCCAUGAUCAACUUUUGUCGAUGCCCAAUGGCAUAUAUGCCGGUCUUGUGCAAGCACAACAGCUUGAGAAUGAGUCUGCUCCUAAGGAUAACGCGAUGGAUGGGGUUGACGACGCGGAAACCUUGGCGAGGAGAGAUACAACACAGUCCUUGAAGCAAGAAAACUUGGAAGAAGCGUUUGCGUGGAAGAACAGGAGUUUCUUCGGUUCCUUUGGGCUUUUCCUCUACGAGCAACGUUGUCAUUGGAGACUUUACGUCAUGAUCAUGGUUUCAGCAAUGGGCGCUGGGUCUGCAUUCUCUCUGCAAUCAUGGAUAUUUGCAAAGCUCAUCGAGUUCGUGUCCGCGGCUUAUCGACGAGAAUACUUUACUAACAUGCUCAACAACCCCGUAUCGUUCUUCGACAAAGAAUCCAAUGCGUCAGGAGCACUUAUGGCGCGGCUGUCUACAGACCCUAAACAACUGCAUGAGCUUUUGGGAUUGAAUGGUGUAUUCCCACUGAUCUCGAUGUUCAACAUGAUUGGUUGCAUUGCGAUUGCAUUCUCCUUCGGGUGGAAGCUCACGCUCGUGACCUUUUUCUCCGCCUUGCCGGUCAUUUUCAUCGCAGCCUUCGUUCGCCUUGGAUUCGAGAUCAAAUUCGAAGAAUGGAAUGCACAAGUGUUCGCGCAUAGCUCUCAAUUUGCCACAGAGGCUAUAGGCGCGUUUCGAACAGUGACCUCCUUGACCAUGGAAAACUCCAUCAUCAAUAAAUACUCGGACUUGUUGCAAGAUCAAAUUCGAAAGGCGACGAAAAAGGCUUCAUAUGCCUCUCUUGUUUUCGCACUGUCAGAUAGCGUGGAGCUCUGUGCUAUUGCCUUGACUUACUGGUAUGGAGGCCAGUUACUCGCCACAAGAGAGUACAACGUGGUUCAGUAUUUCGUUGUUUAUAUCGCAAUUGUACAGGGUGCACAAGGUGCUGGACAGUUCUUCAGCUUCGCACCAAAUAUUGCACAGGCGACCGCCGCUGCCAAUCGUAUCUUGAGUUUACGGACAGAGGUCCAGACCAGGAAGAAUCGAGAAGUAAGUGGCAAAGCUCUUGAGCUAUCCGAUAUCAAGACUGGCGCCAGCAUCGAAUUCAAAGACGUGGCUUUCAAAUAUCCCACACGGGAUAGUCCAAUCUAUCAUAAUCUUAACAUUUCAGUCGAUAGUGGUCAGUUUGUCGCCUUUGUGGGGCCAUCCGGUUGUGGCAAAACCACGGUCAUUUCGCUACUAGAACGAUUCUACGCUCCCACGUCCGGGACAAUCCGAUUCAAUGGCCAGGAUAUGAAUGACAUUGAAGUGGUUUCCUAUCGUCAAGCGCUCUCACUGGUGUCACAAGAACCGAGACUGUUUGAUGGCACAAUCCGGGAAAAUCUGCUUCUCGGCCUGGAUAAAGUUGACAUUACCGAGGAGCAAAUCACAGACGCCUGCAAGGAUGCUAGUAUCCACGACUUCAUCAUCUCUCUGCCCGAUGGCUACAACACGUCGCUUGGAUCUGCUACCCAGACCGCACUGAGUGGUGGCCAGAAGCAGCGAUUAUGUCUGGCACGUGCAUUGCUGCGGAAUCCACAGCUUCUCCUGCUCGACGAGGCGACAUCGAGUUUAGACUCGCAGUCUGAAAAGCUCGUGCAAGCGGCCAUCGAACGCCUGGUCGGACAACGCAGUAUGACGGUCAUCGCCGUCGCUCAUCGACUUGCGACGAUCCAAAAGGCUGAUGUGAUUUUCGUCUUUGGGGAAAGCGAGGUGGGACGAGGCUCCAGAAUAUUGGAGCAAGGCACGCAUAAUGAACUUUUGCGGAGGAGAGGCGCAUAUUGGCAAAUGUGCCAGGAACAGGCCCUCGACCGGUGA